UUUACACAUAGACGUGGGGAAAAGUUACAGCGGUCUGAAUGCUUUGGGUGUGAAGACGUGGCAGACCUCUCAAGACUCGACCAGCUUUAAACAGGUGCCAGAAAAGAAGAGCUGUCCUGCUCACGAAGGGAACAGACCUGGAGCCUUCCAAGCUCUGAGGAGAGCAUGGAAUACCAACAGGGUGUCAGCUUUCCCGGGAGGCAGGCAGUCCAAAGAGCUCCCGACAGGGACCAGCUCAGUCCCCAACAGGUCGUUUCUCACACCCAGCGCAGUCCCCUUCCAGCAAGCUCCUGCGCAUCAAGCGACAUUUGCAGAUCCCUGCGAACCACAUGCUCCGCUGCGCGGGACAAACGGCACAGACACCAACAGGUCACACACGCCUCUGCAUAGGACAGACGGUGUUCAGCCCCUAAGGGCGACAGCCCCGCUGUGCAGGGCAAACUGCAGCUCACAGCCUUCACACACACAGACCGACUCCGCUGUGACGACACUCAUCCCUCAGAACAAAGGCAGCUUCUCCUCCAUCACCAUCUCCUCCAGGAGAGUGAGCAGAUCGGCCAGUUUGCCUGGCGACGACGCCUUCAGCCGCUCCGGGGAAUCUCCUUCUUCCACCAUGGAGCCGAACUCCAGGAUGGCCACGGUGCAGAGGAAGGCCACGAUAGUCAAAGUGACAGAGCAAAGGAUGGUGUCCAGUCCUUCCUUGAGCACCAGAAAGGUGGUGCCGCCGCCGGACAGCCGUGCUCUGGACACAGUGGUCCACAGACGAAAGGCUACCAUCAUCAAAGUGACAGAGCACAGGGAGAGCUACAGUCCCAGGCACCCAGUGUACAGACACAGCUACACAGAGGGGGCGGACCAGCACAACAGCACAUGGGGUCAGGGACAACAUUCACGGCUCAGCGCAGCACCUUCACGUCACCACCUGGAUUCCACACAGAGGCCGAACUCUGCCGGAGCAACACACACGUCCACUUUGGAUCCGGUGGGAAAGAAUGACACGUGGCACACAUCCACACUGAGUCUUGUCAUGAGCGGCCAGCCUGCGAUAGCAGACCCCACACCCUCGGAGGUUUCUAGGCAGACAUUGGACCCGCCGCGCAGACCACUGAGCUGCUCUGGCAAUAUGUUUGGACACACCGAUCCGAGCAGGGAGACUGUGACACAACCAGCGGCCAGGAAAUUGAGCUUCGGGCUCCCACAAGGGGCCGAUAUCAACCCCACGAACUCCAACAGGAGUCUCGUCAGCCGUCAAACAGCGGGGAACGAAGCUGGUCAGCCGGUGGGCGGCCCCCUGUGGCCAAACGGAGGCCAGUGGGAAAGGUUGCCACCACAGAAGGCACCGAGGAGAUCGUCCUCCUGUCUAACUCUCAUCAAGACCCCGGAUCCCAACUUAGAUCUGUCUGAAGAGGAAGUGCUUGCCCUCAAUGCAGCCGCCAUCAUAGCAAAUAUCAAACUCCAAAGGCAAGUUAGCAAGAAGAAAACACCAAACAGUCGAUCUGAGAAGGACUCUGCUGCAUCACCUCAUGGAAAUACUGAUGGGGAAAAAAGUGUGAUGCCGGAUGAAAAAAACAUCCAGCGCCAAAACCAACCAAAUGCCGCAUUGGAAACUGAAAGGUUGCCACAAGCUUUUUCUUUACAGGACGCACUGCAGAGGUCCAGGCCAGCCUUCAUCAUCCGUUCCCAGGGCAGACUGCGAGAGCUGGAGCUAAGGGCACAGGAGAGGAAGGAUCUGGCGGAUUUGGUAGAGCCGCGGUCGAAUGCUGCUGUCAGGCGGAGGAGAGCCCCCGGUGGCCGGGGUCCCUCUCUAAACGAUAACCUUUCCAAACCCAGAGAUAGUGUCAUUACUGGGAGAGAGAUGCAGCCGAGAUCUAAGCGACCGCAUGCAGAGGUGAAGAGGAAAAAAGAAGAGGAGAAGAAGAGGGAGGUGUUUUUGAACAACAGGCAGCGAGCGGAACUUUUCAAGACGAGACUGUUGGAUCAGAUUCUUAAAAGGAGCAACAGCUGAGCGACUGACGACAGAUGAAGAUGACGACAUGCCUUCGCAUUGCUCAACAGACUGAUGAAGUGGACCGUGCCCUCGGACAGAGCUGCGUAUGAGCUGAACUAUCGGUGCAGGUCAUGGGCUCAGCGCCAGCAAUCCUUCAGUCUGUUGGUCUCCUGUGUUUACAUUACUUAUUAUUAUUCAAGUUACAGAUCUGUUUUCCUGAAAGAUCAAAUCCGGGGUAAUCUGUCAAAAGCCCAGACGGUCAUUUAACAUCUUUUACUGAACCUUCUUUUUUCAGAACCUUCAAAAACUCUUCUGUCCAUCUGGCAAAAAAAUAACAUAUGCUGAUGCACACAAUUAAUAACAACAACUUGAACCUGUUUAAUUUAAUACAGAGACUCUGCUGUAGCUCCUAUUCGUUAUAAUUACCUAAUGAUCAAACAGUUUAAUUGUGUUAAUGUGUAACUUUGGAUAUAUAUCAUCAGUUCAGGAACAGGUGUAACUGGUGAACUUGGAGGACAGAAUAUAUGUGAUGCACUUGUGCAGAAGGAAAUACCCUCAGAACAGCACGAGGUUUUUUGAUAAAUGACCUGAUGGUUUUUUUUGUUGAAAGAUUGCACACAGAAUUGUCUUUUGAGAAAAACAGAUGCUCGUCUCCGCGGCGCAGCUGUCCCAGCUGCCCUUGUGCGAUGCAAUCACAAAUGCAAGAUGGCCAAAAUGAAUGAACGAAAUCGCGUCUCAACGUCCUGUUUGGGCCACGAAAGCAGAGAGCGCAUGACUGAUACCUUUGUGAUGGAUACGACAUCAACCAUCGAUGUGUGCUGUUUCUUUUGUUAUCAGCUGGCUCUCACUUGAUUGCAAAUGGCCUUUCUUUCCAGUGUACUUCAUGUAAUGGUAUGCAGAGUGAGCUCCACUUUCACAUGAUCUCAUGUGAUGCGGAGCGGUGAUAUAAGACAGAAUCAUUCAUGAUGCUUCACGGUCCCAUGUCGGACAGGCUUCAACCGUCGUCUUCCUCAUUAUAACUGAAGUGGGCUGUGCCAUCGUUCAGUGCCAGCUAUUAGUGAGAUGGAGGAAUGUGACCUCUUCUCACUGGAAAUGCUCCGUUAAUGGACAGUGCCGAUUUGAAUGGAGCUUUUGUCCCCGCCUUUGUCCCAUGAUGGACGGAGGCCCGCCAGGACAGAUUUAUAUGUGUGGGAUCCGGCGGGAGCGUGCUCAGAGUGCCGCUCGACAACAUGAUGGAGCGGGACAUAAAUCCAAAGUGAGACGUGUGAAUAUAUCUUUGUUGAAAGAACAGAAAACAGAGCAUAAGCUCUUCAUUAUUUGUAAUUGUUAUUUUACUCAUUAGCCCUGAAGUUGGAGUUUCUUCAUCGUCCAGCUGUUUCAUCCAUCUGAAUUUGCACUGAUGUCAUGGAGAAGACAGAUCAUUGCUCUCGACUGAUUUUGUAAAACUUAUUUCUCGUCAGUGCACGUGCACAUGCAGGGUUUUUUGGACGACAGGAGAUCCUUAAUAAUGGAUCAUAAUUGUGUCUGUCUUUAUAAAAUGAGAACUGGGAACCAUGACUGCUGCUUGGAGAAGGUUAUUUACUGUGUGUGUGGUUGUCUCAAUUCAACUUUACAUAGAGGGUUUCACUAAAUACAAUUAUUCAACUUACGGUAUUUUGUAUUUGACUUUUAUUAUAUGUAUUUUAUAUUUGAACUUUGUUUACAUGCAAUGUUCAGUUUUCUUCCAAAUGUGACAAUAAAAUGUUUGACAUCAUG